CCGUCAUCCGAUCAUCCCACGAGGUCGACCAUUACCCCACAUCGGACGCACGAGCCAACUGCAUACAUCCAUGUAUCCCGACAUCGAGCCGUAUGAGACUGGGAGACUCAAUGUAUCUGACGUCCACGAAUUGUACUACGAGCUCAGCGGGAAUAAAGAUGGCGCCCCGGUCAUCUUCCUUCAUGGCGGGCCAGGAGGAGGGUGCGAUGAGAAGGAUCGGUCAUUCUUUAACCCUAAGAAGUACAAGAUCAUUUUCCUGGACCAACGAGGUUCAGGCAAAUCGACACCGAGCGCCUAUCUUGAGGACAACACGACAUGGGAUCUUGUCAAAGACAUAGAGAAACUGAGGGAACGCCUUGGAAUUCCUAUCUGGCAUGUCUUCGGAGGCUCGUGGGGAUCAACACUUUCCUUAGCUUAUGCUCAGUCCCAUCCUGACAAAGUCAAGAGUCUCGUUUUACGCGGCAUAUUCACGCUAAGAAAGAGAGAGCUCAACUUUUUCUAUCAGGAAGGCGCGUCGCACUUGUUCCCGGAAGCCUGGGAUGACUAUAUCGCACCCAUCCCCGAAGCUGAAAGGCACGACAUGAUACUUGCUUACCACGCGCAGCUCAACUCUGUUGAUGAUACAACAAGAAUCAAGGCUGCUCGAGCCUGGUCUAAGUGGGAAAUGGCCACCUCUAAAUUAUACGUCGAUCCCUCAUAUAUAGCUCGCGCCGACAACGAUGACUUUGCUAAUGUUUUCAGUGCAUUCGCCAGGAUCGAGAACCAUUACUUUGUGAAUGAUGGAUUCAUGAGAGACGGACAAUUGUUGGAGCAGCAAGAAAUCGAUAAGAUCCGCCACAUACCGACUGUUGUCAUCCAAGGAAGAUAUGACGUCGUUUGUCCGGCGACGACUGCUUACGCCUUGAAGAAGGUUUGGCCUGAAAUAGAACUUCACAUUGUACCGGACGCAGGACAUUCCUCGCGGGAGCCUGGUAUUGCAAAGUUGCUGGUUGAGGCCACAGACAAGUUUGCAGAUUUAUGAAAGGAUCAUGAGAUAAAUGUCACGAUUAACGAUUUGCAGUAGUUGAUACCUAUUAGCGUGGAUGUUGACGUAUGUCGAGAACGGUGUUGGCAUCUGUAAUCAUCUAUAGAAGCGGAUGAGAACACAU